AUGACCAGUACCGUGGGGAUCCUACCGCAACAACUGCAGCAUGAGCAGUACUGGUGUAUUCGAGCGCCGUGCUGCGCGUACCUGCUUGAGGUGGACGAAGUGUGCAUCCUGCUGUACUGGGGCUGGACGGACGAGUACGACGUGGAGCUGCUCAUGCCGCUGCAGCGCGUGGUGGACCGCAUCGACCUGGUGCUGCUGGGGCUUAACGCGCCCGUCUACGGCAUGCGGCCGAUGCACCGCAUGGGGCAGAUUCCACUGUAUAGCGCCUUCCAGGCAAAGACCAAGCUCGACAGCGACUUCUCGCUCUUCUCGCCGGACGACUUGGACGUCGUCUUCGAGCACUUCAUGCAGCUCAAGUACUUGGACAAGUUCAUGCUCACGAGCGGUGGCGAGGGAAUCGUCAUAACGCCCAAU